CCUUUCUUCUCCCACAUCCAUUUUCACUUUCCAAAGCUAAACUCAAUAGACAUACUUCAAAAACCCAAUACUACAUUACUCCAAAAUGGCAAAACUUGCAAGCUUAGCAGUAAUGUGCAUGGCUGCCAUGGUGAUGGCAAUGUUUGCAGCCCAUUCAGAGGCAUAUGUCACAUGUGGAACCGUGGCGACAGACUUGUCUCCAUGCCUUGACUACGUGAGGAUGGGAGGAGCUAUACCUGUAACGUGCUGCAAUGGUAUUAGGAGCCUUUUCAGUGCAGCAAGUUCCACCCAAGAUCGCCAGACUGUUUGCACUUGCAUGAAAUCUGCUGCUGGAGCCAUCAGUGGCGUCAACCUCCAACUCGCUGCUGCCCUCCCCAGCCGAUGUGGUGUCAAUAUUCCCUACAAGAUCAGCCCAUCCAUUGACUGCUCCAAGGUGCAGUGAAGUUGCUGAAAACUCAAAAUUCUCUGGUAGCAGGAUGAAGUAGCAGAGAUGGUGAUUGUCUGAUGGCAUAAUAUGAUGAAUGUUUGGAUCAAGCUUUCAAUUUAUCGGACUUUGUGUUGUAAUUUCCUGUUUUGAGUAGUUUAGUGCACUUGUUCCUUGUGUACGCUAAUUAGCUAGCUGCUUAGAGAUUAAAGAGUUUGUUCCCUCUUUAAUCUAAUGAAUGUAUGUGUUUUGACGGCCUGCUACUUUUAAUAGUAAAAUCUUUUGAUGUUUGUCUCACAAAAAAUUGAAAA